GUUUAUUUGUUCUGAUAAAUAAGUAUUGUUAAACAGCUUGGAUGGUGUAUUUGCUGAAGGGUGUCAUCUAAUUUUGGAUUAUGUUUACUGAACCCACUCAAUUUCAAUUUUGUUUAUGAAGUUCUUCGCCAUUGCAUUCUUGUCACGCUUUCGCUGUGCCUAGCCUCGCGGUUGUGCUUGGGGUUGCAUCCCAUUCUUCUUUUGUAUUUUUCAAGUUGGACUUCCUUCGGGUUAAUUUAAUCAGGGGUUUUUGUGGAUAAGAGAGAGCUAUAAUGGCUGCCCAGAAACCUGGUGUUAUUGCUUUGUUUGAUGUUGAUGGGACUCUUACAGCUCCCAGGAAGGUGGCCACUCCAGGGAUGUUAACAUUUAUGCAAGAACUACGAAAGGUUGUAACAGUUGGAGUUGUUGGAGGUUCUGACCUUAUAAAGAUAUCAGAACAACUUGGAAACACAGUUACCAAUGACUAUGAUUAUGUAUUUUCUGAGAAUGGUCUUGUGGCUCACAAGGAAGGAAAACUCGUUGGAACUCAGAGUUUGAAGUCAUUCCUUGGGGAAGAAAAGCUGAAGGAGUUCAUUAACUUUACUCUCCAUUAUAUUGCUGAUUUGGAUAUCCCUAUUAAGAGGGGAACAUUUAUAGAAUUCCGUAGUGGGAUGCUGAAUGUGUCACCUAUUGGCCGAAACUGUAGUCAAGAAGAAAGAGAUGAAUUUGAGAGAUAUGACAAGGUUCAAAAUAUACGCCCAAAAAUGGUUUCUGUACUUCGCGAGAAGUUUGCUCAUUUUAACUUAACUUUUUCCAUUGGAGGACAGAUAAGUUUUGAUGUUUUCCCUCAAGGUUGGGAUAAAACAUACUGCCUAAGAUACCUCGACGAUUUCAAUGAGAUUCACUUCUUUGGUGACAAAACUUACAAGGGUGGAAAUGAUCAUGAAAUCUAUGAAUCUGAACGGACUAUUGGACACACAGUUACAAGCCCAGAUGAUACUGUGAAGCAGUGUAAAUCUCUGUUCCUAGAAAAUUGAAGAUAUUUGCAGAAACGUGCUUUUAUUGAGAAUUGCAGAGGAAGUGUAACCGUACAUGUUCUACAUUGGACCAUAUAGGCUGUAAUCAAAGCUCUUCAGUUUGAUUGUCUGUUCACAUUUUGGUUUAAUAAUAAGUUUAUCAUUCCGUAAAAUUUGAUGGAGUCUA